AAGUCCAUAUAUCUUGGGAAAAAAAUGUAUUUUAUGGAUGUCAUUGCCGCCAUCAAUCUAUAGUCUUCGAUUCGAGUUGCUAUAUAUCAUAUGCAAACUGAUUCGAUAUAAAUUGAUUAUAUGAAAUUAAAACAAUGAUAAAUUUUACCGAACAAAUCAUCUUUGAAUUUCACAUCAAAGAUGUUCACUGCCGCGAUGUUAUCCAUAUUAAUGAUUCUAAAAAACGUUGUGAAUUUGUUCAGACAACCGAAUCCUGUGCAUAUGAUGGCAUUUUAUUCAGCUUUAUUGAAAUGGCUUAUUGUCGUUUGGAUGAUUCACUAAUAUUGAAUUCAAUAAUUUUAUUCGGCAUUUUAUUCAUUUUAUUUAUCACUAUUAGUUUGGUUGCUGAUAAUUUCCUUUGUCCAUCAUUAUUAACCAUAUCAAAUACAUUAAAACUUCCGAAUAAUAUUGCUGGUGUUACAUUGUUAGCAUUUGGUAAUGGAGCACCGGAUAUAUUUGCAUCGAUAGGUGGUAUUAGUCAUGCGAAACCACAUUUAAUUUUUGCCAGUCUAUUUGGUGCUGGUACAUUUGUCACAACUAUUGUUAUCGGUUGUAUCAUAUUGAGUGGUGAAUUUACAAUGAAUAAACGACCAUUAGUUCGUGAUAUUAUAUUCUAUAUUGGUGCUACGUUUCUGACAUGGGUAUUUAUUUAUGGAAGAACAUUUAAAAUUGGAAAUUCUAUCGCUUUGAUUUGCUAUUAUCUUGUCUACAUAUUGACCAUUUUUGCAUGUCGUUAUAUUUAUUUACAAAUUCGACAAACAAAACGACAACGACGACAACAACAACUACAACAACAAACACUUUUGGAUAGUGAAUUACCAUUAACGGAAAUUCGUGUGUCAAUAAGCAGUAAUGUUGAUAAUCAUCAAAUUUCAUCCACAACUUCAUUUAUAAUGAAUUUAAAUAGAAAAAAUUCACUUUCAUCAUCAAAUUCAAAUUUAAAUCAAGAUGAUUUAUCGGAAGAUGAAAUAAUUUUGCCCAGAUUCUUUCGUAAUGGAAGUAUAAUGCGUAGUACAAAUAGUCGUAGAAAAUCUGAAUCAAAACAUUUUGCACAUCAUCAUUGGUCGAAUACAAUUUAUAGUGUUUCCAAAGCAUUAGAAACAGAUGAAGAUGAUUUUGAUUCACAAACCUAUUUGAAUCAAAACGAACGUGAAGAUUAUAAUGAUAAUUCGACAAAAUAUUUAGCACAAUUUAGUAUAAAUGAAAUGAUGAGCGAAACAAAGAAUUUUCUUCUUCAUAUUUGUCCUAUUGAUAUGUUAGAAUGGAAAGAAUAUCCAUUUUAUAAAAAACUUUUAGAAUUAAUCAAAGCUGGACCAUAUUUUCUUCUUAUUCUUUGCAUACCGGUAGUAGAUCUGGAAUCUGUCAAUGAUAAUUGGUGUCGUUUAUUGUACUGUAUAAACAUUGUGAUUGCACCGCAAAUUGUUAUUUUUCUUAAACAAGUUGAAUAUGAUAUCAACGAUCAAUUUCCUUUAUGGGCAUUAUUACUUAUCAUAUCAUUCGUAUUGAUUAUAUUAUUAUUUUUAACUACGGAUAAAAAUCGAUCACCAUUUUAUCAUCGUAUAUUUGCAUUAAUCGGUUUUAUUGUUUCGAUUAUAUUUAUUCAAACGAUUGCAAAUGAAAUUAUAAACAUUUUGAAAACAUUUGCCUUAUUAUUUAAUUUAUCUGAUUCGAUUCUUGGCCUUACGAUAUUGGCAUGGGGUAACAGUUGUGGAGAUUUAAUAUCAAAUCUAUCAAUGGCACGCCAUGGUUAUCAUAGUAUGGCUAUUGCAGCUUGUUUUGGUGGACCAUUAUUUAAUCUUUUGAUUGGUUUAGGCAUUCCAUAUCUAAUGUUAUUUAUUAAGAAUGAUAAUUUUUCUAAUACAAUUAAUAUUCAUUAUAAUCAUAUGAUAACCUUACCAUAUGCAACAUUAACAGCAAGUUUGGCCAUAUCAUUAUUGAUAUUUGUGUUGGGAAAUUUUCGUUCACAUCGUUUACAUGGUUAUAUAUUGAUUACGAUCUAUAUGAUCUAUAUAAUUUUGGCAUUUUUAAUGGAAUUUCAUGUUAUUUAAACAAACAUCUAAUCAUUUUUAUAAAUUCAUUUGUAAUAUAAUUAU